AUGACCUCGAAUACUUCGUUAUUGGGACAUAGAAGGACGUCAUACUCCUCUACCAUUCCGCCAAGACUCAAAAGAUCGGUUGACCAGCAUGAAGUUUUUCCUGACAAUUUUGACUAUGAUAAGGAUUCAUCCAAAUACCAAAGUAGGACUCAUGUUGGAACAUCAAAUUCAGCUUCCGAGGUUUUUCCAGUCAACGUUUCAAGGUUCGAAUCUUUCAAUAGCAUGAGCAAUAAUGAUAGCGUUUAUGAUAACAAUACAAUAUUUGAAACUGUACCUUAUUACUUGCCGUGCUUUUCAUGGCUUCCUGAAUACACUUUCAAUAAACUGUGGGGAGACAUCAUUGCAGGUAUCUCCCUGGCAUCAUUUCAGAUACCGCUGGCGCUAUCGUACACAACUUCAAUUGCACAUGUUCCACCCUUAUGUGGUCUAUAUUCCCUGGCUAUUAGUCCAUUCGUGUAUGGAAUCUUGGGUUCCGUCCCUCAGAUGAUCGUUGGUCCGGAAAGCGCAAUCUCCUUGGUUGUAGGACAAGCAGUUGAAUCUAUAACCCUACAUAAAGACAAUGUUUCACUAAUUGAUAUUUCAGUAGUUAUUACAUUCGUUAGCGGCGCAAUUUUGCUUUUCUCUGGCAUCUCUAGAUUUGGCUUCUUAGGCAACGUUCUCAGUAAGGCACUUCUACGAGGUUUCAUAAGUUCAGUAGGGCUGGUUAUGAUUAUAAACGCCUUGAUUUCUGAACUAAAGCUGGAUAAAUUUUUGCUCAGUUUGCCUCAACAUUAUCAUACUCCUUUUGAAAAAGUACUCUUCCUUAUUGAUUAUGCCCCAGCACAAUACCACAAACCGACAGCUAUUUUCAGUGGAUGUUGCUUGAUUGUUCUAUUCUCCAUGCGGCUAUUAAAGAAGAAAUUGGUAAAACAUCACAAAAGUGCAAUAUUUUUCCCAGAUAUACUAUUGGUGGUAAUCGUCGCCAUUUUCAUUUCAAUGAAAUUUAGUCUAAAGCACAGAUAUGGUAUAACUAUCAUCGGCGACUUCAGUAUGGAUAAUUUUGACAAGUUGAAAAACCCGUUUACUCAUUCUAGACGUAAGUUGAUACCAGACCUGUUUAGUGCAUCCUUGAUUGUGGCAAUGUUGGGGUUCUUCGAAUCCACUACGGCGUCGAAAUCUUUGGGAACUACUUACAACCUUACCGUUUCCUCGAACAGAGAACUGGUGGCGUUAGGGUUUAUGAAUAUUGUCAUAUCAUUAUUUGGUGCUCUUCCCUCAUUCGGCGGAUAUGGAAGAUCCAAGAUAAACGCCCUAUCAGGAGCGCAGAGCGUAAUGUCAGGCGUUUUUGUAGGUAUUAUUACUUUAAUAACAAUGAAUUUACUUCUUCAAUUCGUUCAUUAUAUUCCCAAUUGCGUAUUAUCUGUCAUUACAACUGUAAUAGGGAUAAGUUUAUUGGAGGAAGUACCCGGUGAUAUUAAGUUCCAUUUGCGCUGUGGUGGCUAUAGUGAACUCUUCGUUUUCGCUGUUACCUUCGGUGUCACAAUUCUAUGCUCAAUUGAAGCAGGAAUAUGCAUCGGAUGCGUGUAUUCAAUCUUAAAUAUAAUAAAGCAUUCAGCAAAGUCAAGAAUUCAAAUUUUGGCAAGAGUGGCGGGAACGUCGAAUUUUACAAAUCUUGACGAUUAUUUAAGGACUAUGAAGAAGAAUCCUCUUGGUGGUGAGAAUAGACUAGAAGAGGUCGAAGGAUGUAUGAUUGUUAGGAUUCCGGAACCUUUGACUUUUACCAAUAGCGAAGAUUUGAAACAGAGACUGGACAGGAUAGAGAGAUUUGGUUCAUCUAAGAUACACCCAGGGAGAAAAUCGUUUCGGUCCAAGGAUUCCAUAAAGUAUGUCAUUUUUGACCUAGGCGGAAUGACUUCGAUAGAUUCUUCAGCUGCCCAGGUGCUGGAUGAAAUCAUCACUAGUUACAAAAGGCGUAACGUUUUCAUUUAUGUCGCAAAUGUAUCUAUAAAUGAUAAGAUAAGGACGCGGUUGUUGAAGGCAGGCGUUAUUCCCAAUUUGGAAAGGGCGCCGUUAAUUACCAAUGAAGGUAGCACUAGCAAUACUUUCGAUGGUAUACAAGAGCCGUACUCCCCUUACUUCGAUAGUAUCGAUGCAGCUCUUUAUGAGGUUGAAAAGAUGAAGAAUAAUGGAAAUAGUAUCCUAAACAAUGAUUCGGAAAGUUUUAUGUCUAAUACUUUAUUCAAUUCGAGUUUAGUGUAA